CAUGAUACAGAGGAAGAAAAGCACCAGUGUUUAGCCGACGGCAUUACACUGUAAACAUUAGCAACCUGGGCAACUUCUGUCUGUCGUUGGGAUGGAAAUAUAAGGUCAACCCCAAGGUGUGGGACCAAACAUUGUUCUUCAGUGCAUGGACGCAAAGCCAAUGCGCAGGGCCACCAGCGCACGCCAAGACGCCACUGGAAUGGACAUCACCAGCCGCUGUACUCUGGGGGACCCCAACAAGCUCCCUGAAGGGGUCCCCCAGCCCGCACGCAUGCCCUACGUCUCGGACAAACACCCACGGCAGACCCUGGAGGUGAUCAACCUGUUGAGAAAACACCGUGAGCUCUGCGACGUGGUGCUGGUGGUGGGCGCCAAGAAGAUUUACGCUCACCGUGUGAUCCUGUCUGCAUGCAGCCCUUACUUCAGGGCGAUGUUCACUGGAGAGCUGGCAGAGAGCAGGCAGACCGAAGUGGUCAUCCGCGACAUCGACGAGAGAGCCAUGGAGCUGCUCAUCGACUUUGCCUACACCUCACAGGUGACAGUGGAGGAGGGAAACGUUCAAACACUGCUCCCUGCGGCUUGCCUUCUCCAGCUGGCUGAGAUCCAGGAGGCCUGCUGCGAGUUCCUCAAGAGGCAGCUGGAUCCCUCCAACUGUCUGGGCAUCAGGGCCUUCGCUGACACCCACUCCUGCCGCGAGCUGCUCCGCAUUGCAGACAAGUUCACCCAGCACAACUUUCAGGAAGUAAUGGAAAGUGAAGAGUUCAUGCUGCUGCCUGCCAACCAGUUGAUUGACAUCAUUUCCAGCGAUGAGCUCAACGUGCGGAGCGAGGAGCAGGUUUUCAACGCUGUGAUGGCCUGGGUGAAAUACAGCAUCCAGGAGCGCAGGCCACAGCUCCCCCAGGUCCUGCAGCACGUCCGUCUGCCGUUGCUCAGCCCCAAGUUCCUGGUGGGCACCGUCGGGUCGGAUCCUCUCAUUAAGAGUGACGAGGAGUGCAGAGACCUGGUUGAUGAGGCUAAGAAUUACCUGCUGCUGCCGCAGGAGAGGCCCCUGAUGCAGGGCCCCAGAACCAGACCACGAAAACCAAUCCGCUGUGGGGAGGUCCUCUUUGCAGUUGGUGGUUGGUGCAGCGGUGAUGCCAUUUCCAGCGUGGAGCGAUACGAUCCCCAGACCAACGAGUGGCGGAUGGUGGCGUCGAUGAGUAAGCGUCGAUGUGGAGUCGGCGUCAGUGUUCUGGACGACUUGCUGUACGCGGUGGGAGGUCAUGACGGCUCCUCGUACCUCAACUCUGUGGAGAGAUACGAUCCCAAGACCAAUCAGUGGAGCAGUGAUGUGGCCCCCACCAGCACUUGUCGUACCAGUGUAGGAGUGGCGGUCCUCGGUGGUUAUCUGUACGCCGUAGGGGGACAAGAUGGGGUCUCCUGUCUCAACAUUGUAGAAAGGUAUGAUCCUAAGGAGAACAAAUGGACUCGUGUGGCCUCUAUGAGCACCAGGCGACUGGGUGUAGCUGUGGCUGUGCUGGGGGGGUUCCUGUACGCGGUAGGAGGGUCUGAUGGGACGUCACCAUUAAAUACAGUGGAGCGCUACAACCCUCAAGAGAACCGCUGGCACACCGUGUCUCCUAUGGGAACCAGGAGGAAGCACCUGGGCUGUGCUGUCUACCAGGACAUGAUUUACUCUGUCGGAGGGAGAGACGACACCACAGAGCUGAGCAGCGCCGAGCGAUACAACCCCAGGACGAACCAGUGGUCUCCUGUGGUGGCCAUGACGUCCAGACGGAGCGGGGUGGGCUUGGCUGUGGUAAACGGUCAGCUGAUGGCGGUGGGAGGCUUUGAUGGUACAACGUAUCUCAAAACUAUAGAAGUCUAUGACCCUGACGCCAACACAUGGAGGUUGUAUGGAGGAAUGAACUACCGCCGGCUAGGUGGGGGGGUGGGCGUCAUUAAAAUGACUCACUGUGAAUCCCACAUAUGGUAACACCAACCCCCCCACCUUACACACAUUCAUACACUUGUCAUUACGUUGCAAUGGAUGCCUCUUUUCACCAACUCUCGUGCCUCCAAAAGAGACGCUUUAAUUCACGCGAGGAUGAGAAAACCGUGGGAGGGGAGAGACGAGACGGAAAGAGGAUCAAACUUUGAACUCUAGCUCAUCCCGACAACACUCUGAGCUUUGGAAUAGCCUGGUCAUCUUCGUCGAUUGACGAUGAAGUGCACUGAGGGCAGAAGUCUACAGAGAACCAUAAAGCUUCCAGUUUGGAGAGGACAGUCCUUCUCCUGUGACCUCCAUGUUUUCACCCGCCAAGCCUCUCUGUCUGGGACAUUUAAUUUGGCACGUGUGACUCAGCUUGACCAAGACUGCUGCUGGGGGGACAUUAGCCUACAUUUCUGAUGCUUUAGAAGUUAAAAAAAAGCAUCAGGUCACUGGAAGAAGGCUUUUUCAGUCUGUCCAGCUGUGCAAGCCUCUGUCAACUUCCCUUGUCUUAAAAUGUCAGCCCUCAUUAAGGAAUAAGAAAAACAGCCUAUGGACCAGUAAACCUUUUCAUUGUGACAUAAAGAUUAUUUCCUGGAAAUACAACAUUACAUACUGACUGCCGCAGGUAAAUCCACUCUUUCAUUCUUUUUCAUCUUUGUUUUGAAGCGUACAUCUCAGUUGUGGCUCUCAUGUCUCCGGGCCGCAUUUGUAGCAUUAAACAGUGGAAAGCUGUCAGGCAGUUAUCUUCUGAAGGCAUCUUUACCCAGAGAGGAGAGACACAAUUUAUUUCACCAAGGAAGAUGGGUAGCAUUAUAGAAGGAUGUGUAUGAGGAAGUCGCUGUUACUCAACAUUUUCUCACAUGCUUAGUGUUGCAUGACGCUCUGUUGCUGCACUUUACAGGAGACCGUUCGUUACGUUGGCUCUUUGUUAUGUUGGAUGUUUAUUGGGCGGUAUGUAAUAUUUCAUACCUUCCUGAAAUUUCACCUGUGUAUACAGUAUACGAUGGUAUAAGUGUGCUGAGCUAACCUCUCGACGGCCAGUGCAGUACUUACUUUCAGCUUUUCAGACUAAUAAGUACACCAUAGAAACCCACAAAUGUUAAGAAAAAUAAUAUAUUUUCCUUAUUAAACAGCGAAAUACAACUGUACACCUUCUGAAUUCAACUUCCUGUUGGUCAUGGAAGACUGACGGAGCUAAAUUGCGAUGUUAACUCACAAAACACACUU